AUGGACAAAAUCGCCGUCGACAUCUGGAAGCAGGACAUGCCUUGGUUCGACAAGUACUUCAAGGGCAUCGAGUGGAAGCGCAGCACCCCUCAGCGCGUCCUUCGCGGUAUCGCUCUCGAGCCUGGCGUCAUCCAGCAUCUUCUCAUGCCUUCCAAGCACGAGAAAGACGACAACCCCUGGCCCGAAACUCAAGUCGUCGGCAUCGAAAUCACACGCGGAUCUGGUCACGAUCACAACUCUGCGAUCGGCAUCUUGUACGAAUCCGCCGUCAAGGUCUUCCACGCGCAGCCUAUCCGCCUCUUCCUCCACGGCUUUUACCUGUGCGACGAUGAGCUCGAGCUCUGGAUUUUCGACCGUGUUCGUCUUUACCGGUCGGGAAUUCAGCACAACGUCCCCUUCGACCAAUUCAAGAACGACUACAUGAACAUGAACGACGCGCAACUGGGUCUCAACCCGAUGAUUUUCUACAACGCUCAAAAGGCCCAGUAUGUGAUCGUCAAGGGCCAAGAGGUGGAAACAUGCGACGACAAGGCCGAUCCAGGCGCUACCUACAAACUGUGGCUGGACAAGAGCCCCCUCACCUGUCCCCAGGAGAUCGUCAGCGACGGACCGACUGUCUAUAGAGCAACAAAUGAAGACAAGAAGGAAGUUAUCGUCAAGUUUUCCCUCCGCGACGAGUCGAGCCGCAAGGAGGAGACAUUUAUGAAGCGAGUUACCGAGCUCAACAUUUGGGGCGUCAACCAGCUCAUCGCCCAGCGACGUCUCGAGACGGAGAAGUACCUCACAGCAUGUGUCGUCAUCUCCCCGGUCGGGAAGCCUGUCGUCGAAUACCGAGGUGCCUUCGAGUUGAUCACCUGCAUACGAGAUGCCAUCAAGGCGCACCGUAGCCUUUACCUCGACGCCGAGAUCCUCCACCGAGACAUUUGUCCCGGCAACUUCAUGAUCAGCAAGACGCGAGGAGAUAGCAAGGAUAAGCCUCAUGGAUUUCUCAUCGAUCUCGACAGCGGCAGGGAUCUCCGCGUUCCUCUUGAAGGACCCGUCCACGACAUGAUCGGCACCAAAGCCUUCAUGGCCAUUGAUGUCGCCCGCCGCGAAGAUAACUUUAUCCUCCAUACUUACCGACACGACCUAGAGUCAUUCUUUUACUGUUUCAUGUGGCUCGCCAUCGCCGAACACGGAGAGCUAUCACCCGACAGCCGCAUCUGGCGCUGGAACAAGGACAAUAGCGGCAACGUUCGAAGCGCCACCCAGAAGAUCGACGAUAUUUCCAACGACGACAAAUUCGACGCCAUUGUUUCCGAGUUUGCGCCGGCCUUUAGCUCCUCCAAGAAGUUGGCAUAUGCCCUACGCAAGAUCCUGUUCUUCCCUGACGGAGAAUUCUACUUGGGCACCAAGACCUCAAUCGAGGAGACGAACAAACUGUACGAUGCAAUGAUCGAGGCAUUUAACCAAGCGGCAUCCACCAAUCUCUCAUGA